AUGGGAUCAGAAAAGGUGUACGGCUGCUGCUGCCAGCUGGUUGCGUAUGGAAAAGACAUCGCCGACCUCGACACUUUAGUUCAGAACCUCAAAACAACAGUUAAAGGUGUGAAAAUAGAAGUAGUAGAAGAUUACAAAAUAAUCGAAAAAGACUGGCUUCUUCCUGACCAAUUAAAAACGUUUCCAGGAAUCGGACUUGGUCUAUGCCAUUUAACAUUCAUCGCAAUAUCAUACCAGGACACCAUCCGAGUCCCAAAUGACUCUAUGUACAGAGUUUUCCUCGGCUUAAUGGAAGCCAAACUCGAAGUCAUCAAGUCAGAUUUACCAGUCGUUCCAAGACUGACGAACCAGAUCAAACCUCUGGGCGUAACUAGAGACAUGCUCCGUGUUGCCCAGAACACAGCUAAAAUCUCCCGGAUAUUUCAUUCGAUAGUUUGCCGCGCGCGGUGGCCGGGCGGGUCGGCGCGGCGGGGCGAGGCGGGGUGUAGUGGCGUGGCUGUCGUGAGCGCGGGCGCGGCGGGUGAGCGCGGGGUAGGCGAGCGAGCGACUCUGUGCUGUGGCGCGCGCGGCCAUCUUAAUUAG